AAGAAAAUGCAAAAUGUAUCAUGGGGAGCACUUGCUGUAUCCGGAUGCAUGAUAGUUUACUUUGUCUUUCUCGGAAUCGCUAGCUAUUCUCCUUCGAUGAUUCCUGAGAACUCGUACGGCUUUUAUCAAGCUAUCGUUGGAAAUUUGUCGGAAAAAUAUCAAUACGUUGAAAACAAAUUGACAAUUGGCGAAGAUCCAUGGGAUAAAUGUGUGCUCCCAAAAUACGAUGUCUGGGAUGAGGAGGUGAUGCCGUAUGUCAAUCCAAACAAAAAUCCACUGAAAAAUUGCGAUACCUCGUUUGUGCCUUUCACAGCUCUACAAAAUUCCUCAUGGAAGAUCGUGAAUACGAACAAGAAUCUCGAGUGUAGAGCCAGAUGCCACACUCGAAAGUCCGACAGAAGGAAUCAUAUUGGAGAAUGGAUGCGCACCCCAGGACCGGUUGACUGCGAGUUUUUAGAAGCAGCUUGCUCUGAAAAUAACCAAGAUGUCUAUGGAUAUUUACACUCGCAAGUUAUCCCAAAACCACCGAUCGAAAAACCAACAAUCGACAUAAGUAGUCUGAUGCAGUUCGAUGUAUUCGUUAUACUUUUGGAUUCGCUAUCAUACUCUCAGGGAAGAAGAGCACUUCCACGUACCCUAUCCUAUUUCACUAAUCACAUGGACGGUGUCAUAUUUCCAUAUGUGAACAAAGUUGGUGAAAAUAGUAGGCCUAAUGGGAUUCCGAUAUGGUUUGGAAAAUCUCUGGAAAAGAUUGACAAGACUUUGCUCGAUGAGAAAGUCAUACCACCCGACUGGCCGCAUAAAUAUUUCUGCAAAACAUACAAAGACAAUGAGACAUCGUUGUUCAGUGAAUUCCAUGACUAUGGUUAUAGAACGCUUCUCGCUGAAGAUUGGGCAGAUGGAACAAUGAAUUGGCCAAACUGUGUUGGCUUUGAAAACCCGCCAAUCGAUCAUUUUAUGAGACCAUUUCAAAACGCAUAUGAACGUAAAAACCAUGGUACUUCGUUGACGCAAAAACAUUUGAAUGGAAAGUUAUGCAGAGAGACGCAUCACACGCUUCUGGAUUAUAUGGGACAGUUCACUAAAGCAUAUCCAGAUCAACGAAAGUUUGGAUGGGUAUGGGCAAUAGACUUAGGUCACAAUACAGAAAAUGGAUUUGCACAUGCUGAUAAGGAUUUUCAUAACUAUUUGAUAAAGCAUAGAAAAGCGCUUGAUGAAUCCUUUGUCUUUAUUCUUGGAGAUCAUGGUCUUCGGUUCGGAGACGUACGAAAAACAUUUGUUGGUUCACUUGAUGUCAACAAUCCGUUCACGGCGCUUUCCAUUCCAAAAGUACUUCGCAAAACUACAAAGAUAUUGGAAAUAAUGACAGAAAAUGCAAAGCAGAUUCAGAGCCACUAUGACACGAGAGCAACUAUUUUGGAUAUAAUGAAGUACCAAUCCGCCAAUAGUUUCUCUGAGACUAUGCCACGUGAGAUUCCAGGAGAGAAAGGAUCAUCAUACAUUCGAAAACAACCAUCAACUCCAAGAAAUUGUCGGAAUAUGCCGGUGCCCCUACAAUACUGCAUAUGUCAAUUCAAAAAAAGUAAACUUCCGAGAAACACCACGACAGCUGAAUCGAUAGGAAAAGCGUUGGCCACUGCUGUCAACACUCAAAUAGCAGAAGCGAAUUUUACAAAAAUGUGCAUCAAAAUGGAAUGGGAAAAGACAACAUCUUUAUUAGCAUACGAUGAUAAAUUCAAAGGAGCAACACUGUAUUCCGUUACAGCUGUAAUGAAGGAACCGAGUAAUGCAGAGUUCAAGGGAAAUGUGAAAAUUAUGAAUGGAGAGAUCAAAGUACUGGGAAUGGUCGAGCGUAGCAACAAGUACGGAAAAACGGCGGACUGUAUGAAAUCCGAACAUCAUCGUCCCUACUGCUACUGUGCAGAUCAGAACUCUGACGGCAAGAAGAAAACAAAGACGAGUGGGUAG